UGCGUGCUACGCGCGUGAACUUUCAUGUUCAAAAGUACGGAAAAAAAUGGAAAAAGCGGGUUGAAGAAUUUGGGACGAGUCGGAAUAACAUUUGUUUCAAAAACGUAUUGUAAAAAGAUCACUCUUUUCUAGAAAUUUUUCGUAUUCGUCAAUAAACACAAACAUCUCAAAGUUAAUGUUUUCGGGAAAUAUUUCGGAUCGAAAUCUGUUCACGCACGAAUAUUCGUCCAGUUCGUCCUUCGCGCUUGAAGUUUUUUCAUCAUAAUAGUUCCUAACCGUAGUGCGUGACGCUCGAAGUUCCGUGCUCAGAAAUGGGCCCAGUUCCUUGAAGCAUCAAAACAGAUGCGCACAAAGGGACAAAGGAUUCUACGAAAAACAAGCAAUGCAAAUGGAAUGUCAGUGUUUCGAGUGACGCAAAUUUGAUUUUUUAAUAGUGAGUUCAUUCUUUGUCACUCAUUUGUUUCUGAUGUACGAAAACAAUGUUUUGGGGCGCCAUAUUAAAGUGUUCCCAUGCCCGACUCCCGAGUACCGUUUCGAUCAUUUAGUACCGUUAGUUUUAUAACUGACCUACACAUCGUGCUCGCCGGAUCGUUGGUUCUCUCCAAAACAUUGACGCAUCAAAAAGAGUGACUUUGAAUUCGUCGUUCUAAAUGAAGCUUUCGCUAUGAACGAUCGAAACGUUCGCACUCGUUGACCGCCAUCGUAUUCACCAGUUUUUCGACAUUUUUCGUGCAAAUGUGGUGAGAAAAACUGCAUCGAUAAUAAGAAGGUAUAAAGAAGGAAAUGUUGAACGCAGCAAUAAAAAGGAUCUUGAGAGUUUUAUUAUUUCUUCUCGGCUGUCUCGUCGUGCCCGUCACGAGGCUACGCGCCUUCUUCGAUCAUCGUCGUCGAUGCCCACCGAUUCGCAAUAAAAUAUUGCUUAUGACGGCGACCGAGCUCGCGGAGAAGAUACGAAAAGGAGAGAUCACGAGUGAGCAAGUCGUGUCGUCUUACAUCGAGAGAUGCAGGGAGGUGAAUCCUGUGAUAAAUGCGAUCGUGGAAGAUCGUUUCGAAGCAGCUCUCCGCGAAGCCCGUCAAGUCGAUUCGUUCGUAAAAUCAGGUGGAAAAAGCGAGGAGGCCUUGGCUCGUGAUACUCCCUUGCUCGGAAUUCCUGUGACCGUGAAGGAAAGCAUAGCCGUCACAGGAAUGAGCCACUGCGUGGGGAGGAAACGUGAAGUCUCGAGAAAAGCGAUUGAGGAUGCUGAAGUAGUGGCAAAAGUUCGACAAGCAGGCUGCAUCGUACUGCUCGUUAGUAACACACCGGAAAUGUGCAUGUGCUGGGAAUCUUACAACAAUGUUACUGGCACCACUCGAAAUCCGUACGACUCGAGGAGGACAGCGGGUGGUUCUUCCGGGGGCGAGGCAGCACUUUUGGGGGCCGGAGCCUCGCUGCUCAGUUUGUCUUCUGACAUCGGAGGUUCUGCGAGGUUGCCGGCAAUGUUUUGCGGCGUAUUUGGUCAUAAGCCAACACCGGAAUGGGUUUCGACGACGGGUCACAUGCCUGGCUGCACCGAUAAAAAUUGGUCUUCAUUUUUCUCUAUCGGACCGAUGGUCAGAUACGCUCAAGAUUUGCCGAUACUUUUGAAAACAAUUGGACAAUCGGACGCACCGAUCUCACGAUUAGGAGAAGUGGUUCCCAUGUCCGAAGUGAGAUUCUUUUAUAUGGAAGAUGACGGCGGUUCCGGAGCAACGAGUCCCGUCGACAGGGAAAUCAAAGAUAGUAUUCGAAAAGUAAUUGCUCACUUGGAAACGUAUCACGCAGCUAAAGUUCAAAGGGCUGACAUCAAAGAACUGAGGUACGCUUUCGAAAUUGGAGCUUCCAUGCUACUGCGUCUGGAUGGAGCUGAUUCAAUCUUCAAAAAAGGAACAGAUCCUUGCGAAUGGAAGAGUGUAUUCGUCGAAUGUCUGAGAUAUAUUUGUCUCGUGUCACCUCAUACUUUCCCGAACAUUGUUUAUGGGGUGCUGAAAAGAAUUUCCGACAAGCUUCCCGUGAGUCACUACGAUCGGAUGGUCGAGAAGAACAACUUGUUGAAAACUCGAUUUCAGGAUAUUUUAGGUGACAAUGGCGUUUUGAUAUACCCUUCGUUCAUCGGUCCAGCACAUUAUCCUUAUGAGAUAUUUCACAAAGUUUGCAACGUCUCUUACAUGAUGAUAUUCAACGCAUUGGGACUUCCAGUUACCCAAUGUCCGGUGGGACUAAAUAGGAAUGGUCUUCCAAUUGGAGUCCAAAUAGUGGGAAAUCCGGGGAGCGAUCAUCUGACGAUUGCUGUAGCUCAAGAAAUUGAACGAGCUUUUGGUGGCUGGCAUCAACCACCGAGCCAUGAAAAAAUCAUUUGAAAUCUUUAGAUACCGAGCAACUAGCCAAAAGCACGAGCGAUUUGGGCUUUGCAUAUCAUUUGCACAUUGUGUCGUUAAAAACGGUAUCGUUGAUUUUUUUUUUGGUUUCGUAAGACGGUGGGUGAUGGUAUUCAAGGCGACUCGUCAACGAUCCAGCUGGCAGGAAUAGUGCAGCGCACGGUCCUCCGACAUCGUUGUUUUUUCAGGACAAAUGGACGUUGCGCGUUGUUCUCGUUUUGUGAGCAGGAUAAACGGCGACUGCUUUUUGUUUUUACUCGAAAAAUCGAGUUUCUCGUGGUGACGAACGUCUAUUUUUCAAUUUCUAUUGCACUCGCACGUAUGGCUCGAACCACUGCGGCUACAAAUGUAUGCGCAUUUUAUAAAGAACUGCGACGUUGGUAGAUCGAAAAAACUCUAUUUUCCAUUUUAUACUUAGCAAUAUUUGAAUAUGAUCGAUCGUCUUCGAUCUCAAAGAGUGAAUAAUUCGAUAAACGAAAUUAAGAGGAUGGAUCAGUCGGUAUAUCGCAACCAUGAGUGCGCGAGAGAUAAUUGCAAAUUUCGAAAUCGAAAUUCUUUGACAAAGUUUGACCGAUUAAAAAAAGGCUCUGUCAGUCGAUUUUUGCCAUCGUUCUACGUAGGCUGACAGCGGAGCCUUUUUUAAAUCAAUCAAACUGUGUCAAAGAAUUUCGAUUUCGAAAAUUCCAAGUGAGGUUAAUCGACUGAUCCAUACUCUUAAUGCGACCGAAAUGUGCGAUGAUGACGACAGUUCGGUUCUAAACCAAAAAUAAAUAUUAUCAAAUUAUCUUUAUUGCGUUCAACGUACAAUUCACGCGUGAUAAAAGAUCAACGACCCCGUACCCGAAAUACUGGCAUCUUGUAAAUGCAUUAUACGACGAUAAGACAGAUUUUAAAUGCUUAUAGACUUAAGGGACCAAGAAAGAAUCGGUAUAUUCGUUUUUCGAAUACGUUAUACUGUUUUUAUAUUAUCUUAUUUAUGACUUUGUACAUAUUUUUUUAUGGCAGAAUUAACGAGAGAAAUAAAGAAACUGAAAAAAAUGGAA